AUGCUUCUCUAUCCAAGACGGUGGCUGCGACAGUUGAAGCCAACAUUUUUCACGCUCAUUUGCAUUGGGGUUCUCAUUCUUCUUCGAAAUUUGGCUUAUGACAAUAGCGUCUAUCAGAGCAUCUCUUUACACCAGAAGAUGGAGUACCAGAUAUUUUCUUCCUUUUAUCAGAAGGACGAAAGUGUCCGACGUGUAUUCCGGAAGAAGGUCGCCCACCUGAAUGAACUCGGUCUGUCAAAUAUCCAUGACAAUACACCAGCCCAAGAUGACAUACGUAAACUACCUCUCACCUACAAAUAUUUAAAAGAUUCCCUUGAUGCUGUCAUAAUGAAUGGAUACAAUAUUGUAGGGGAUGCAACCACUGCAGCCAUUAUACCUUUGUUGACAGGCAAAACAGAAACUGAAUUGCCUGAGGUCCGCAAGAACCAGCUUACUUCAGGGUUUGUUGAUGACUAUCCUUUGAUCUGGAAUAAGUUCCGUAGUAAGGGUUAUGCUACACUCUUUGCUGAGGACAGUCCCAGUUUGGCUGUGUUCAACUUGCGUUUCAAUGGCUUUUACACUGCCCCUACUGACCAUUACAUGCGUCCAUUCUGGCAAGCAACAGUUCAGUUUCCAAACCCAACUCACUGCAACAGGGAUGUACACUUUCUUCCUCUCUUUGGUUUUCUUCUUUCUUUCCUUCUUCUUCUUUACACAAUUCAGCUUAUAACAGGUAUACACUUUCUUCUCUGGUUUUCCCUUUUUCUUUCUUUACACAAUUCAACUUGUAACAGAGGUAUAUACUUUCUUCCUCUCUGGAUAUCCAUUUUCUUUUCUUUACACAAUUCAACUUGUAACAGAGGUAUAUGCUUUCUUCUCUGGUUUUCCUUUUUCUUUAAAUGCAGGCUGAAUCCUCAGCUUAUAAAUUUCUCUGCAUCUUCAAUUUGGGGUUCUCGAACAGGAAUACUUCUUGUUAUAUUUCUUGUCCGGAGUUGCCUGGGUUGA